AUGCCAAUUUCAGAGUAUCGGGAUGAAAAAAAUUCUUUCGAGGUUAGAGAAUUUUGGCGGGAGAGAAAUCUUCGAAUUCUCUUUGAGGAAACGACUAUGAAAAGCACUGAAACAAUUAUCGACCAAGUUAAUAUAGUACAGGACGAAGCGAGCGAUGUUUUAAUUCUCGAAGCUGCCGUAGUACUGACCGCUUCUUCAAGUGAUAAUGAUGCGUUCACUUUCGGAGAUAAGGAUAUGGAAUUAUUUACUAACCGAUAUCAGGCCAUGAAGGAUAAUAAAAAAUGGAAGCUCAUAUGUGAAAAUUAUAAUCCUCUUGUUGAUUUCACAUAUGAACAAGGUCCGUUUGCUGGAAUUGGAACCAAAUCCAUUAACAAUCACACAAGAUUUACCGGAAGCUGGUUCCGAAUCAAUGCCUGGAGGACGCUUGACAUAGCCUUUUCAGACAUACCUUUUGCGUUAUUUGUUGGGCAAAAGGCUGGAAUAGCAACUAGGGAGAGGAAAAAUCGCAGCAGAACUUUAAGUAAUGUAGGUCCAAUGAAACGUAAGGCUAUUGGGAGGAGAGGAGACGGUUACGUUCGAGAUUGGGCAGCAUCCGAGGCCAGACCCAAAUGGAAAGGGGAGCAGGGCACCGAGCUCAUAAACGAAUGUUGUUUGACCUUACCAAAGAUAAUGAAAGAUAUUUUCAUUAAUCUUUCUCGAAAAAUAAACUUUGAAGAAGACAAAGGUUAUGUAUGUCGAUAUAUGAAAGAAGGUCCAUUUGAGAUAUAUGCUGACGCAAAGCAAUGUAACAAUACAUUGAAUGCUCUUGUUUCUAUCAUUUACGCCAAGACAAUGGGAAAAUUUGAAGAGAUGGAAAAAUCUACAGAAAACUGA